CAUCAGUAUUUUUUAGCAGAAGAAAAACUCUUUUCCUCAUUCUCUGGAUGAUGACAAAUCAAUAAGCUAUUUAGUAUGGAAAAAACUAUGAUUCAUCGUGAUUUAUUCCUAUUGUAUAGUUAAAAUGACCAAGAUACCAUAGAGAUUGAAGAGAAUAAAUAAUGGGACGGUAUACUGGAAAAAAAUGUCGUCUUCUAACAAUGUUAUGGCUAACAGCCUUUUUCUUCUUGGUAGAAAUAGUUGUGGGUUAUGUGACGAAUUCUAUGGCAUUGAUUGCGGAUAGUUUUCAUAUGUUAUCGGAUGUAGCAGCACUUGUUGUUGCAUUUCUGUCUGUGAAGAUGUCACCAAAAAAAUGGUCAAAGAACACAUUUGGAUGGGCAAGAGCUGAAGUACUAGGAGCUUUGGUCAAUGCUGUAUUUCUUGUUGCUCUCUGUUUCAGUAUAACGGUAGAAGCUUGUAAAAGAUUCAUCGAAGUAGAAGUUAUUCAUGAAUCAAAACUUCUUGUAGCUGUUGGAGCACUUGGGCUUUUUGUUAAUUUAAUUGGACUUUGUUUAUUUCACGAACACGGAAAUGUUCAUGGUCAUUCACAUGGAAUCACUAGAAGUCAUAAUCGUUUGAGUACUCUUGUUGGUACUGAUGACAAUGAAAAUGAUGAAGCGUAUCGACCUUCACCGACACCAGUAAAAAAAGCACAUGGCCACAGCCAUGAUGCCAGUCAAAUGAAUAUGAGAGGAGUUUUUUUGCAUGUUCUGUCUGAUGCUCUUGGUUCAGUAAUAGUCAUUGUCUCUGCACUUAUAGUCUGGUUGACUAACUGGAAGUACAAAUAUUACAUUGAUCCAGCGCUUUCACUUCUUCUCGUCAUUCUUAUUUUACGAUCUGUAUGGCCACUACUCCAAGAGUCAGCCUUAAUUCUAUUACAAACAGUUCCAACACAUAUUCAGGUAGAUGCCAUUCAACAAAGAUUGCUACAAAAUGUCGACGGAGUUCUAGCAGUUCAUGAAUUUCAUGUUUGGCAAUUGGCUGGUGAUCGGAUAAUUGCUUCUGCUCAUAUACGAUGUCGUAAUUUAUCGGAAUACAUGAAAAUUGCUGAACAAGUCAAAGAGUUCUUCCAUAAUGAAGGCAUUCAUUCUACAACUAUUCAACCAGAAUUUAUAGAAUACAACACAAAUAGUGAAGUAAAAGAAACUCCAACAGAAGACUGUGUACUUGAUUGUCCUAAAACUGAUAAGCCUUGUAAUCAAGCUACAUGCUGUGGCCCUUCAAAGCAGGGUCGAGAAACUCCAUCACCUGCUGAGACACCAUAUAUGUGUCGUCAAAGGAACAGCUUAGCUCGUUCUAAUAUUGUUAUAGACGGUCAGGAGCAACAAGAAGUCAAUGAGAUGGAACGUGGCUUUUUAUUAUCACAAUUCCGUCCAUCAGCUCCACCUGAACCACCUGUUUAGUUUUAAUUUCAAUUCAAGACAAAAUAAAUUUACAUAGUAAAAAAUAAAUUGAAGUAAAACAAAACGACUUUAGGAGAAAAUUUACGAAAAUUUUUUAUAGACAAAAAAAAAAA